GGUCAUGAAUGGCUGGCAGAAAGAUGGAUGAAAGAUUUGCUCCCAUACCCAACUAAUUGACAUCCGAAUGAUAUUUCUCGUCUGGGAUCUUUUUUAAGGUCUAAAAAUUUAUUGCAAUUGAAAUCCAUGUUAAUAUGCACCGUAAGCCUCUGACACAUGACAUACGCAUCUCAUUUAAACAUUUAUUUCACCUCAUUUCGACUUAUGUUUACUCCACAGUGCGUCGUCAACGCAAUCAGCCUUUGUGACGGUUGUGUAUAAUGACUCCAGUGGACAAGUUCCCGAUCUUCUGAACUUAGGGACGACUUUAAGCCCAACAUGGACUUUGGUGGAUAAACAAUCAAGCGAAGGUGUCAAUAAAAUCUUGUCACUUUAGGCAAACAAUUUUUUCAAUACAAUCAAAUAUGAUCAAGUAGUAUUAAUAAUAUUUAGUUAGAAUUAAUGAAUUAUUAUAUAGGGCAAAGUAAGUCAAUCUAUACUUAUUAUAGGUUGAUAGAUCAGAGAAAUGAACUUCAGAAUUUUGACCAGACAUAUCAAUGCUACGAUGCCUUUUUUUCAGACAAGAGUUUAAAUCGAUACCAGCAAAUGUUCCAGGGAAAUCUGGCGAAAUUCUGCGUAGAAACUUUCAGUGGAUUGGAACUCCGUCGAAUUAGAGUAUCAAUUCAUUACAAUUGUCUUUUGAACAAACUCAACCAAUCACACUGUUUCAAACAGGGAUUUCAACUUAAUGCAAUUUUGCCAAUUAGUGCAAGUGAUAAAAGCAAGCAUGGACUACAAAUAAUUUAGAUGGUACUUGCAGUUCGAUUCCUGUGAUUAGAUUGGUCAGUUUGUUUAAAUGACUUCGUCGACACAGGUUACACCGUAAUUGAAGCCCCGUUAGGAUGCCAUUAAUGCAAUAUUCAACUCAAAAGUUUGUCCUACUAAAGAAAACUCACUUUGGUUUCAAUGUAAAUAGCAAGUUUUGUGGUAUUUCUACUUUCAUCCCAUAUGCAAUAACUGAUAAUUGAUUUUUCCAAUUUUUUUUUUGUUUUUCUACAAUCAGUUGACCUCCAAGGUAUAACUAUCUUUGCCUCGAACAAGUCAAACGUUGCUUCUGUAAAUGUCACUGUUUCGCCCUCCGCGGCACAGUUGAAUUUAGCCGGAAUAUUUCAUGGCUAUAUCAUAUUCUACAAAGAGAUAGACGAAGUGAAUUAUCAGAGUCAAAGGGUGAUUUCAGCUGAGAUGUCUUUUUUGAUACCCGGGUUGAAACAUUGGACUCUGUACGACAUCUACGCCAGACUGGUAACCUUGAACGGAGUUGGCAAAAGAAGCAAUGAAUUAGUGGUGUGGACAAGACCGGUCGGUAUGGAUAUUAAUUAUGAGUGUUAAUUUGAUAUCCAAUGCCAUUUUCUCUAUGAUCAAUUAAGUAAAGCUAAGGCCACUCGGAUAAUUAAAUGAAAAUACAACGAGUCUCGUCAGAACUUGUUCAUUGUUUUCCAUUAAUGCGCGUAAUAUUUCGAGCAAGUCUUCCUCUGUUAUAGAGAAUUUUGGCGCAGAAGAUUUUUUCAAUGCGAACAGCGUACAUGAGUAGUUAACUGGGUGGUGAAACAAUCAUAUAUGCCUAACUUGUCUAUGUGAAGAUUUAACCGAAGAACAUCUUGUGUCCAUCAAAGAAUCAACUUGACUGAAAGCCCUCUGAUAGCAUUUAAACUGAAUGAUGAUUAAAGAAACAUUACGAAGAAACACUAUAACUUCCGGGUGCCUUUCAUGCCUCAAAAACUUCUGUGUAAGGGUAAUGUAGAACAUUACGUCUGCACGGCGUCAUAACAAAGGCAUUUCUAACCCUCGGUCCCGUGAGCUCCCUCUCUCAUAAAACGGCAUUUUGUGAUAUUUUUUGAUCACGUCAGCACAUUUCUAAUGCUGUACCUUGUAAAAUCUCUGGGGUAAGGCCGUUCAAGAGAUUGCUACAUCAAGUUUAUAACAAGAGACUAAGCAAGGUUUUCAAUUGCAUUGCAUAAAGGAGUGUCGAGUCCUGCUUUAGAUCUAUACAAACAAGGGUGGAUCGGUGGAAAAACAAAAAAAAUCAAGAGAAAAUUAAAGGGAUCAUCGCCUUUGGCACCAUCUCUUGACCUACUUAUGUUUCAUUUUUGUGUUUUUCUUUUCUUUUCGCACAGCUCCUGAAAAUGUUACUGUAUACAGCAUAAAUAGAGGCUUACACGUGCAUUGGGAGAACAUUAAUUCUUCAGAAAUCCAUCAAUACCGAGUGCUUGUGACGGCAGUUUAUUAUACCAACAAUAAUGCUACAUGUAAUGAAACAGUCGUGAGUGGUUUGGAUCACUCAUUGGUGUGUGAGAAUGUGAACAGUUUUAUUAACUACAGUGUCGCUGUGCGCGCGGAGGGCAACAUAGUGGGUGCUUAUUCAGAACCCGUUUACUUUAUGAUUGAAGCAGAAGGUAAGUCUAAUGCCUUAACGCAGUACUGCCUUAUUCUUGCUUGUAGUGUUUUGAUGAAUAAAAAAAUCUCAAGUUAAGGUAUUGGUUUAUCUCCAAUCCUGCAGUGUCCGUCGUUUCUGUUCUUAUAGCUUUAUUGUACGGCCAAACGUUUGCUAUUUCCUUCUUCUUGCAGCGCCAGAAAAUAUAUCCGCCCGAGCUAUCAGUUCCGUUGAAGUCCAUGUCAGUUGGGCUCCUGUACCUGUACCGCAUCUCACUGGUUAUAUGGUACAACACAGGAAGGUCGACAGCAAUAUCACUUCGCAGAAUGUGACCGUUUAUGACGCCAGUCGCUCCUCUGUUGUAUUACAGGGUCUACUUCCUGCCUCAAAUUACAGUAUUCUAGUUCUUUUGGUCUUUGUGGAUCGUCUGAAGAAUCUAAGCAAUGAGGUCUUUGUAGCAACAAAAGGUAAAUGAUUCAUAGGUUCACAACUAAAAUGUGUCUGGUUUGUUCCCAUGAUUAGAAGAACUGGUGUGUCUCCACUCAAAUGAAAGUUAAUGAGCUUUUUCUUAGUGUGAUGAUGUGACGAAGAAAUUAUGACCAGUGGUACGUUAACCAGUAAUAAUCACUUUGAAUUAUUUAAGAAUUAUUUAAGGGAUUCGAAAAUCGUAAUGCAAUUGGUAUUUUUUUAAAAGAAAACGCCAACAUUGUAAGAUUUAAAAAACAAACAAACAAACAAAGGAAGGAAGACAAACCGAAAUAAAAAGAAAUGUGAAACCUAAAUUUUUUUUGUAUUAACCACAAUAAUGUGUGAAUUUUGACAUAAUAACUUGAUAUCUGCUGCAGAUAUUGCAGUUAUCGUGUAGAGUUCAAAGUCGACCUAGUUUCAAGGCCCUCUUUCGUGCAGUAUUCUUAAACUUUAGCCAACUCAGAGAGAAAAUGUGUAAUAAAACGGUCACUUAAUUUGGUUUCGCAUGAUAUCAUGAAUUAUAGAGCCUCGUAUCUUUCUUAUCUGCCUCGGCCUUCGGUUUCGGCAGAUUAGUCAGACCUCGGUUUGAUAAUACAUCAUAUCAUGCUAAGUAUAAUUGCAAAUAAUUGCUUAGUAUUUCAUAAUUUCACGUUUUGAAAUCAUGACUAGAAUAAUAUUCUAUCUAUUCUUAGAACCAUUAACAGUCUACCCGGCUGGAUUCCAAGCCACUGGAACUAGUCCUACAAGUAUUUUCCUGCAGUGGAAUGCGACAGAAUUUAGGGACCUGGUAGGAUAUGUAUUUUAUUACAACCUCAGUGAUAUCAACAGCACUUGGAUCCAAAACAGAGUGAAAACUUAUAUUGGGGCAUGUAACACCUCACUGGAAAUAUUCAACCUCAAGCCUUUGACAAAUUACAGUUUGCAGAUCGCAGGUUUUACCAGGCACGAAAUUGGACCAGUGAGUCCGCUAAUCACUGUGCAGACUCAAAGACAACGUAAGUUUCCUUAGUUUUUACAGCUUCUUAGUUUGUCCGGGUGUAUUCUAUUUUUCCCUGUAGGUUUAUUUUUUGUUUGUUUUCACUAAGAUGAUCAGAGCCUCCUCUAUAUUGGAUGGCUCUAAGAGAUUAAUUCCCUUGCGGUGAUUUUCAAUCAAUGUUUCAAGAUCUUAUGGUGUUGAUUUCUAGUAAAAUCUAAACGAAUAUAACUGGUUAAUGAAAUUCUAUUGGGUUAUUACCAGUAAAUGGGAUUCUUUUGUGUUGCCUAACUACAAAUAACUGGUGGAUGCUAUAUAUACGCCUUUGUGAAAAACCUUUAGCAGAAAAGAGACUCAGGACGAAAUAUUGUCUCUGUUACAUCGGACACUUUGCUAAGUUUAUGAUAAAGCUCAUGUAGCAUUAACAAGUAAGCACAAGAGCCUCUUCUUUAGUUUCUCUCUUCCCUUCUUUUUUCUUUUUCUUUUUUUUUUUUUUUUUUUUUGCUCCUUUUACUUGCAUUUUCUGUCUGUUAUUGUGUUUGCUUGUUUGUUUAUCCCCAAUCUUUCAUUUCCUUUAUGUUUUGUCAUUUACGCAACAUCUACCGUUGGACCGUGGUUAUGAAGUUCGUGGUUGUCAGACAUGGUCAUCGUUGCCACAGAUUCUCGUAAUUUACAAAAAUUUGCUUUUUUGCUCUACCGGCAGCACUGAAAGAACCCCCUCCAUCGAUUGAAUUGUCUCCUUGGAGCUUGUCUGCCAUUCAAGUCUCCUGGUCACCACUCUCUUUUGAAUUGCUGCGUGGUUAUGUGAUAUUUUAUAAGCCAAUGGAAUCGCCUGGUCGUCGGAAAAGGAGCGCCCCCCCUUUAGCCGAAUUGAAUGAAACUAUUAAGUCGUUAAAUACUUCGAGAAGAUUUCUUACCGGGUUGAAUGAGUUCACCAACUAUUCUGUUCAAGCUGCCGGGUUUACGGAUUUUGAAGUUGGACCAAGGACUAUCACGGUGUACAUCAUCACAAACCAGACUGGUGAGCGUAUGCAAUGAAGUAUGCAAUGAAUUCCCUUAAGGAAGGUUGUGUUCAGGCUUCGGGUCGUUUGCUUUCAGUCAAGAACGCGGUCAGGGUUCCUCGGGUUAGGCUGCUAUCUUGGGGGAAGUAUGCUUCAGAAACCAUGUUAGUUUUAUUUCAGCCAUAAAACGGUUAUUUAACAAUUUUCUAGAUUCUAUGUGGAUUCUAUGGAUGACGUCAAAAUCCGGUAAGAACAAAAAAAAAAUUGGCACACGAAGCGCCGCCGAGUGUGUCUCUUGCAGACAGUGUGGCCGAGUCAGUUGGGAUGCUAGACUUGAAUGCGGUGGUCCCGGUUUCAACCCCCCCGCUACUCACUUGAUUUUUUUCUUGGUUGCUCGGUUGUGUCCUCGUGUACCGGUACACAAAGGAAGGAAACAUUAACGAACUGCGUCAUAACUCCAUGUAUGGUUAUGAAAACAAAAGGAAUUCCCUCGUGUACCGGUACACCAGGACAGCCCCGGUUGCUCCCAGUCGACCGUGACUGCACUUUGCACAUAGCCAUAUCUCAUUAUUAUUAUUAUUAUAUCAGCGGUGUUACACAUCUUAAUGCUAUGAAUUCUAAUGGCACAGUAGGUCGUUAAGCGUAGUCUAGAGGCCUUGUCAUAAAUUAACCUAAUUUCCCAGUCAAUAUCUAUCCCUACAUAUACUAAUAUACCUAUUAUAUUUCUUUAACACUGAUUCAAUAAAGCUGCUAAAAUGAAUUAGAACAUUCCAGGAAAUUAUUAUUAUUAUUUUUAUUAUUAUUAUGAUUAUUAUUAUAAUUAUCUUUGUUAUUACUAUACUAUUACUAUUAUUAUAUCAAUAAUUAAUGAUUAUCAUUAUCAUUGCUAUUAUUAUUAUUUUCAUUAUCAUUAGUGCUAUUAUAUUAUCAUUACCACAUUUGUGAGCUAUUACUGAGUAUACGUACGGCAAGGUAGAAUCUAUUUGAUUUGCAUGUAUAUGAUAAAAAAAUCAAAAUGUUGUUGAUGGUGACGUCAGCUAUGCCAGUAGAGUACAAGUAAAAAUUUGUGCACUAAAGAUUCAUCAUACAAAUGGAAAUAAAAUCUUACCGCAUUGACGGAGGAUUCUAAAGAGUAACUUACUGUUGUAAAAUGUCUUCAAAUGUGCAAAAUGAUGAUGAUAAUGAUUUGAAUCAGAAUGCAUCACGGUGUCCUCUUGUUUGUUCCAGUUCCCGUAGUUCCUCCUCGUGGAAUAAAGGUCACCAGCAUAGACUCCACAACUUUGCAAGUCUGCUGGGAAAGAAUCCCACACUUCCCCUCCCUGGAGGAAUACGAGGUACAUUACACUCCUUUUGGACAAGGAAAUGCAUCGGUUUUAUCAACUAGAGCUAACAUCACCGUCGCGACUUUAACUGGUCUCGACCCGUCCCUCACUUACUCUGUCCGCGUGGCUGGAAAGACUGCAGAGGGACUCGGUCCACUGAGCUCUCCUAUAGCUAUACAAACGAGUAACUUUUCUAGUAAGUGGGAUUACUUAUAGUCCAGUGAAUGAAGAAACCAAACCGGAUAAACUUAUUUUGUUUCACCCUGAGCUCUGCGUAAAAUUGAAAAAUCAUACUUAAAAGAGCUUAUCACAUCAUAUGCUGAUAGUAGCUAGCAGAGAACUUUGUACGUUCUGUUACCGAAAAAAGCAAAAAAAAGAACAGUUUUACGAUAUAUCAUUGUUUGAAUUUGGUGCCUUCGACUGUAUUGUAGAGACAAUUUGAAUUACAGUGUUCAGCUGCAUACGGUUACGGUAUGUAAGAACGGCUCCUGGAGCAUGGCAGUCUAUGUGGCCUCGGAGGAGGGUGGUAAGGAUAUUUUGAUCAACAGCUUUUCUUUUGGUGAACAGUCAGUAAUUUCGCUUUGCUCUGUGGUCAGCACAAAAGCAUUUUGGAGAAUACGAUGAGCCACUGUCAAAAGAAAAGUAAAUUUCUCCAUAUUUGCUAAAUUUGCCUUGGAGACGUGAAAGAAACUGAUAAAUUAAACGGUUGGUGCUAAGAACAAGUUGUAGAAAAAAAAUCAAGGUUAGUUGGUACUAACUCUUUUGACUCUCCCUUAUAGGGUCUAAAAAUAUAGUGAAAAGCAACUCUUAAUCUAUUUCGAUAACAUUCUUUGUUUCCAUGAUGAUUUCAGUUUCAAAGCUGACUGCAUUUACGCGUGGUAACUCGUCAAUCAUCGUCUGUCUUCCCAGACAACAAACUUUCUCCGCAUCAUCGGUUGUAUAUCACGAAGUAAAUGUCGCCCCAAAUUUGGCACAACGUAUUAAUGUCUCCGAUUUCUCUCGAAAGUACCUUAUGAUACAAAAUCUCUCAACUCAUGUAAACUACAGUGUUGAGCUUGAGUUUGCAUUGACUUGCGGCCAGAACCGAAAAAGUGAACCAACUUAUGUUGUCACAGGAAGAAAAGGUAACCUUCUGUUUGUUUCGAAAUUAAACUUUUCACUCUUAGGAAGGACAAAUAAGAAAUUUCCUCUCACGAAAUAAAUACAAAUUAUACAAUCAUUUCUAAAUCUGACCCCCAUUUCUCAGAAUUGCCAACGUGAGAGCAGCGUGGACGACAGCAAGGGCAAUGAAGAGAUUUUGGUAUUAAAUGGAUUAAUUGGAUGAGUAGCUUAAAGAAAGAAGCCUAAGAAACUCCGUAGAAAUUCUUUGCUGAGAAUCAGCGUUAAUUCCUGGUUUGUAAUUCUUCACAAAAAUGAAGUAUACAAACAAGCUCUAUUCUUUAGUUUAUUUUGUCCUCCAAACGUUAUCGGCCGGUUUUAUUUAUCAGCUGAAGGUCUGAAAAAGAAAUAUCUUGAUAUGAAGAAAGGAAAUAUAACUUUUCAAUUCUGUUUUAUUUUCAAUAUUUUUUCAUCAUAUCUUCCACUUCCCUCUCGUCAUUUUUUUCUUGUCACUUGGCUGUUCUGGUCUUUGUUGUUGCUGUUUUCGUUUGUUUAUGUUUUUGUUGUUGUUGUUAUUGUUUUUGUUUUAAGUCUUUCAUGUUUCCUUCAGGUCCACUGGCUGCACCGCGUCGUGUUAAAGCAAAUAUGACAGACUAUUCCUCUGCACGUGUUAAAUGGUCACCUAACCCCUCCCCACUCGUGCUGGAAUAUGUUAUCCAGUUUGCGCCACUUGAUGCUAGCAUCUCGGUAAUAACUGUUCGAGUAAAUUCAACUGAAACGAUGGUGGAGAUUGAUGGACUGACAUCUUCUACCAAUUACAGUGUUCAGCUGCAUACGGUUACGUUAUGUAAGAACGGCCCCUGGAGCAAGGCAGUCUAUGUGGCCUCGGAGGAGGGUGGUAAGGAUAUUUUGAUCAACAGCUUUUCUUUUGGUGAACAGUCCAUGUGAUUCUCGUUUUCAAAAGAGUAAUUAGUAAUAAGUUCAAAUUUUUUUUUUAGUAUUGUUUUCCGAAAGCUUGUUGAAAUCGAUCUGGUUUAGAGUUUAAUCUCGUUCUAAAAACGGUUGUUUCACGAUGCGCUUUCUGAAAACAUGCUAGCUGAGAAGUUAUUGACGUGUUACUUUUGCGCUGCUGUCAGUCAUGUUUGUUAUCUCUUGGGAAACGCUUAGGUUAAUUCAGAGGGUUCAAAGGGCCUCGUUUCUGAGUUGUGAUCGGAAGACUUUGAUUCGCGUGUAUGUUUGUUAUUUUUUUGUCGUUUGUUUGUUGUUUUUGGUUUGUUGUGUCGUUUUUUCUUUGUUAAUUUCCUUGGUUGGCUUUUUUUUUUUCUAUCUCUACCUUUCGAUUGUUAGCAAGAUUAAAACUGAUCUAAAACACCGGAACAUGCCCUAAUAUACAGUAACAGAAACAUUAAUUUACUAUUCUUAUUAUUUUAUUUAUUUUUAUCUAUUAUUCUGGUUUCCAGUGCCCAACCUUUCCCCUCAAGACCUUGUGGCUGAAAACCACACUUCUCUUUCCACCAUUCCGGUGUCUUGGCGUCCAAUCCCCCCGCAGAACAUUUGUGGUGUUCUUCUGGAAUACCGCGUUCGUUACACGCCCAUUUCGCUAGUAGAUGGAACAGAACUCGAUGGAACUCCUAAAGAGAAAGUGCUUCCGGCUGGUAAUUUAUCCACAACACUUGAGAACUUGAACAGAUAUACUGUGUACAAAAUAGAGGUUUGGGGAGCCACCCGUAAAGGAGAGGGACCGAGUGCGACGAUAUUCGCAGGUAAAUGAGCAAUUACUGUUAUCCCAUCGACUGUUGAUAUUUCAAUUUUUUUGCAAAGAACGCGGCAGAGAAGAAAGAUAACGACGUUGAAUACAGCGGACGCAAAAAAGAGAGAAAAAAAAUCGAUCCUUAUUUCAUUGUAUGGACUUCGAACUCGAUUAGUGAGUGGCUCCUUCUAGCUUUCACUUUCCUUGACCCACAGAAACGUGCUAUUGUCACAAGCGAUUGACCACCAACUGGAUGUUUUUCCCGCCAUAUGUUGACCACGUGAUUGACAAUUCCACAUCCAGCCUGCCCAUUGGUGGCAUUAUUCCAGCAAUUGUAGUGGACAUGGUGUCUGCGUGUUGUGGCUACUGUAAAAGCCAUGGAGAAUCUUAUGUUGACUACAGCAGCUAUACCAGUAAAGAAACUUUGCAAAACAAGAAAACAUACAACGAUAUGGUUGAGAACAUUUCGCAAGAGAUCGAUUUUUCUUUUCCGGUUUUUGGAUUUGAGGGAAAGCUUAAGUAAGUGUACAGACUGUUUUUGUAAUUUAUGCUUAUGAAAUUAACAAGUGGAUUUCAUGUUGCCGCACAUCAGUUCACUAAGAGAUCACAGAUGACGCGAAAAUGUGUUAAGAACAAAGAAUUGGUACACGAGGUACUUCAUAAUGAUAAUGAUAAAUGACUGUGAAUAUAUAAAAAUCACAUAUGUGAACUGCGGAUAAAAACGUGAAUAUGAAAGCGACCUUUGCGGCAAUGAACACUACUUGAGCAGCUGUGAAAACAGGGCCUGAAAAAUAUUGUCGGCUUUUACGGGAUUUGGACCCAUGACCUCUGCGAUACUUUUGCAGUGCUCUACCAAGAGAGCUAACAUGCCAACUGGGAGCUGGUCUUUAUGUUGGUUCCAAAUAAACCCGUAAAGUGAUGAAUAAAUAACUGUGAAUAUAUGAAAAUCACGUAUGUGAACUGCGGAUAAAGACACUGAACUGAAGUGAACUGUGGAUAUUUUUUUUUUCUAUAGAAGAGCUCAUGAUUGUUAAACAAAUUUUCCUUGUCAGCACCUUAGGAAAUGUCUAUAGAACAGUAUAGAGGAUAUGCAUACUGAUGUUAGGGUGUAAAGGGUUUAGCCUAUCAUGUAACACAUUCCUGACACUAAAAUCAGCAGACUUCUUUUUUUACAGAGCUCGAGUAGUCAUUCCGCGUAAUUAAACCCCGCCAUGGAGGAAAAUAAUUUCUUAAAAUUGUAAGAGGCAACAGGUUUAUUGCUAUAGGAUCCCUUCUGAAAUUUUUAGGUGUUCCAACUUUUAUGGCAUCUACGUGGGAAGCUAAUUGUCCCUCUGAUUGAACUGCCAGCCCGUUGACCGACUGUCUCACUGAUGAGGCGACAGUUUGUAGUCCCGGAUUACUUCCUGACUGACCCACUGAAAACUGCCUAGUUAUUAUCUGCUGAUUCUAACUCUUGUAUUUUUAUUUCUUCUCUCAUCCACAGCUAUAAAAACGAUUACAGGUUCAUUGACCUUAUUCAAUCGCCUGGCAUAGCUCACAUUUUGAAUACAAAAGUUGACAACUCGAAGGAGUAUUCUUUAUUUGCUGCUGUUAUCGGCUUAUGGCCCGUUAUGGCAAUUACCAUGGUAUCAGUACUCCUAUCGGGAAUAGUUAUAUGGUAUUUGGUAAGUGGUUGAGUUUUCAACUAAGCUGCCAAAUUCCUAGACGGUAACCAAAUUGUUUUUCUGAGAUAGAUCCUUACGAAAAAACAAGAAUGCGCUCGAGCAACGCCCACCUUGGGCCAAUAAAUUUAAUGAUGAAGAAAGAGUCGAUAACGCAUUUGACAGAUGAGUAGACGAGCGAUUAGUGAUGUUUCAGCGAUUGAUAACCUAGAUGAAACAUCUUCCGCACUUUGCGAUUUCGAAGUGCAAUGCUUUACCACUGAGCUCGCUAACGGGCUAAAUACUGCAGCAUGCUUGUUGCAUAUGACCUUAUCAAAUUGUUUCUUGCCCCCUAACGAGUUAUCACCGAUAUCAGACUGAAUGUUUGGGGCUCCCUGAUUGUAUAAAGCUCUUACCCUUACCUCUGUGUUAUCCAUUUCUAGGAGAGAGAAGAGAACACGGAACAGUUUAAAUCAUCUUUUAUCCGAGGCACCGGUGAAGGUGUUUGGUGGUCAUACAUUUCCGCUACGACUGUUGGGUAUGUAUUAUAGCUGUAUACUUCUUCAAAUAAAAAGGUCAUUUUCAAACGUUUGCCAGAUUAUAGUUCUUAUCUAUACUAGUCACAUAACGACGAUCUUUGCAAUCCCGGACUACUUUAGGUGCUGACCUAAAUAUUGUUCUGCCCAAAGAGCACCUGAUUGGCCAUGAUUUAAAUUGGUGAGCCACUGUGCUUACCUAUUUUAUACAAGUUUCUCAGUUAUGGUAUUUUCUUUUCGUAUCGUUUUUCAGUAAAUCAUUCAUUCAAUCAGUCAGUUAAUUAGUGAGAGAGUGAUUUAGCGAGUAUGAUUCAGUGGGCUAGUUAGAAUUUAAGCAAAUACAUUAGUAGGUUGGUAAAGCUGUUCACAAUUUCCGGUUUUUAAUUUUUCACCUAAUUAGCUGGUCGUUAUAUAUGUUCUUUCUCCCUGUAGCUAUGGUGACCGGGCGCCAGUAACUGGAUACGGCCGCUUGUUUUCAGUGUUCUGGAUUCUUAUGGGACUUGUCAUUAUAGGGAUUCUCAAUGGAUCCAUCACCACAGCUUUAACAUCAUUUACUAUCGAUUUGAACUUCGAUAUUUAUGGAAAAAAGGUAAAGAUUACCAUAGAGUUCUUAUGAUUUAGCUGGAGCCUUCAGAGCUUUCAACUUUGUAAAGUGAUCAAACCGUUACAACGGAAACCACUGAAUUGCGCUAAUUUUCCGGUGUGCUUAGAUGCAUAUGAUCGAGGCAAUCCGCGAAAAUAUUAGAACAAAAGACUUUAGGUAGUUUUCAAAAUUUCCAAAAGGAUAUGAUCUUCUGUUCAGGAAGCUUCAAAUCGUUAAUCAAAUUCUCGCUCUCACUAUCAUUGGAAUUGUAAAUGGAGCUAUGUGAAGAACAUGAAUACUGAUGCUCUCUAUGUUUCGAUUCCCAGGUAGCAGCCGUGCAACAGUCUCCAGAAUUUCGCUUUGGAAUCCGAAAGAAUGCCAAGAUGGACAAUGGUAAGACACAAGGAAGAAAUCUAUUUUUAUAGUUAAAAACUUAUUAUUAUACGUUUUGUACAAUUGAGAGUUUAAGUCGCAGCGUCGUAUUUCGAAAUCAGUGAUUAUUUGUUGGUGGUCGAGUUCUUAAGAAAGGAAAAAUGAACAAAUUAUUCCCCAGCUCGACUUAGUUGCCUUAUUAAUUUAAUUUCAUGAGUUUUAGGGAUUUUAGUAUCAACGAUUAACCCCAGGGGCUUAGGGAGCAAAUUCCCUUAAAUAUGUGGCUGUGCGAAGAAGGGGGAACUUUUAUUAAACUUGGUGGCUAAUUGGACUGGGGGUAUGGAACAUUAUUGUAAGUAAUUAUAAAGAAAAGGGAUACGUGCGCAACCCCUUCACCCUCCCCUGAUUGAAGCUACAACCCUAGAUCGCACUAUCAUGUUAUAAGCCACAUCAACCUGCGUUAAAACUGGCCAGUGCCAAAUGCUUAUUUUCAAAGACUCUCAAUUGCAGCAAACAAAGUAAUGCUGAUUAAUUAAUCAUUGCAAAUUGCAGUAUCGUACAAAACAUUCCGUGAAGUGUUCACGGCUUUGGAAAGCGGAAAAGUGAUACACGCCUUAUUCGAUACGUAUGCCAUUGGUAGCGAGAGGGCGCUCUUCGACAAAGCCAAACAUCUUUACAUAUACAAGAUAUACGAUUAUUCCUCAACAUAUGGUAUAGUUUUUGGCGGGGAUUCUGGCGUGUUGCAGAAAUGCUUUGAUUUGUUUAAACGAGGGAACAUAGCAGAUAUAUUUAAAAACAUCAAGGAGAAUAUCGAUUCGAUCGAGGUAGGGUUUUACGCUUUCAUUCAAGACUUUCUUUUGUUUUCAUAUAUUGAAUAAAUUUUUAUCCUACUGAAAGACUGCCUGACUGACUUACUGACUAAACGACCUAACGUCCGACCGACCGACCGAACGAACGAACGAACAAACUAAUUGACGAACGACCGAACGAAUGAAUGGACGAACGAACGAACGACCGAACCAACGACCGAACCAACGACCGAACCAACGACCGAACCAACGACCGAACCAACGACCGAACCAACGACCGAACCAACGACCGAACCAACGACCGAACCAACGACCGAACCAACGACCGAACUUACGAACGAACGAACGAACAAACGAAUGGACGAACGACCGAACGAACGAAUGGACGAACGAACGAACGAACAAACGAACGAAUGGACGAACGGACAAACGAACGAAUGACCGAACCAUUGAUUAACUGACAAACGAAGACUGUCUGACUUUUAUAACUUAUCUCCCUAAGUGAGAAAUAUUUUCUGUGAGUGUCUAACAGACUUAGCAAAUGACCAACUGAAGUAGCAACGGCAUGAAUGCUAAAAGUAGCUUUUUCACAGAUUGACUAAUUAAUUGAUCGAUUUAAUAAAUGAAUGAAUGAUUGAGUGACGGACUGACUGAUUGACUGAUUGAUUGACUGAUCUGCUCUCUUUUCUAAUUCUAGACCGGUAAACCUUUGGUACUUGAAAUGUCUACAGGCCUUUUUGAAGUUUCAAGCCCACUGUUUAAAAAUAUUGUUUUCUACUGCGGAUUUUGCAUGGCGGUGGCAGUGGCUCUUGGAUUGAUAUGGGAAAUUUUGUAUCGCUGCAAAGGCAAUAAUAAAAUAAGAAACGAUGGA